AUAGCCGGAAGCAUCUUAGUCGCAUGUAUUUCUUUUAUCAUAAUUGGUGCGACAGGAAUGGCUGGUGGUCUAGCAAGACUUAUUGGCCCAAUGACAAUUGUUCCAUUGAUGAUAUUGCUAACUGCAAGUAUAGUUCCCACAAUUGAAAGCAAAUUGACCCUACAUUGGAUCUCACUAGU